GUGGGCCAGAAACCGCUUAUUUAAUCAAGUAAAUACAGCGGAAUAACUGCACGUGUUUUCCACUGAGGGGACGUUUUGAUAAGGGAUCUUUUGUGCCAAGAUUAUAUUCCUCCUAUGGUGCAUACCAAGCUACAUUGAGGCCGUUUGGAUUACUUCAUUCCACAGUGAUCCAGGAACUAUUCUGCACCUGAGUCACCUGUCAAGUGGCUACCAUGACAACAGAGGCAAGUGCAGUGAGCGAGGCCGACACCGAGAGUAAGCAGAAGGCCAGCGGCGCCGAGCCCGAGCCUGAACCCGAGCAGAAGCCGGCGGCGGCGUCCGAACCGGAGGGGGAGCAGUCGAGCAAGAAGGCCCAGGAGCAGGCGUCUGAGUCUGGGCCCGCCGCCGUCGCCACCUCCCCCGAGGAAGAGCAGCUGAAGCCUCGUACCCGGACCUCUGCUGGCAAAGGCCUGUCUCGCCUCUUCUCCUCCUUCCUCAAACGCCGCUCACAAGGCUCUGAGGGAGAGGGCUUCGAGGCAGAGAAAGCCGCAGAGGAAAAGGAGGACAAAGAGGAAAAAGCUCAAACUUCCGAAGAGGAAAAGAAGGAAGACGUGAAAAGUGAAGAGAAGGAGGCAAAAGCAGAGGAAGAAAAAUCUGAGGUAAAAGAAGUGAAAAAGGAGGAAGAAAAAGAGCAACAAGAGAAACAAGAAGAAAAGGUUGUGAAGAGGGGCAGUAAAAAGAAAAAGAAAGAAGCCAAGAGGAAAGCGGAGAAAAGGGAUGUGGAGAAAGUGAAAAACGACGAGGAGAAAGAGGAAGAGGAAAAUAAAGAGGAGGAGAAAACACAACAGGCUGUAGAAAAGGAGGACAAAUUGGAGACAAAAGAAGAACAGAAGGAGGCUGCUGAAGUUAAAGAGAAGGGGGCAGAAGCUGUAAAGAAAGAGAGUAAAGAGGAGGAAAAAGUUGACAAGAAGGUUACAAAGAAAAAAGAUAAGGAGGACAAGGUGAAGAAGAAGGAAGAGGAAAAGGCAAAGAGGAAAUCAGAGGAAGAAGAAAAGGUGAAGAAGAGAGAAGAAGAAAAAGCAAAGAAGAAAGAGGGAGAAAAGUCUAAGGAGGCUGAAAAAACCAAGAAGAAGAAAGAAGAAGAAAAGACCAAGAAGAAGGAGGAGGAGAAGGCUAAGAAGAAAGACGAGGACAAGGUGAAAGAAGAGGUCCAGAAAAAAGAUAAUGACAAGGAGGAUGUAAAGACCGAAGAAAAGCAACAGAAGGAAGAGGAAAAAAAGAAAAAAGAGAAGGGGAUGAACAAAGGAAAGAAAGAGGAGAAGGAGGCAAAAGGGCCCAAGGAGGAGCAGGUGAAAGCACCGAUAGCAGCGCCAGAGCCCGAGCUUAAAACUGAGCCGGACACUGAACAGGCUCCUGACCGCCACUCGGUCAGCAGUGCGGAGACACAGCACAUCGUCGUUCAAGAGGAACAAAAGGAAGACGCUGCAAUAAAAACGGAGCCCGAAGUUGUGGAGGAAGUGAAGGAGGAGGACGAGGCGGAGAAUAAGGAAGAAGAAGAAGCAGCAGAACAGGAGAAAGAAGUCAAAGGGGAAGAGAAGGAGGAGGCGAAGGAGGAGGCGAAGAAGGAGAAGCCUGCGAAAGAAAAGAAGCCGGAGAAGAAGGCAGAAGAGGCGAAAGGCUCCAAACGACUGAAAACCAUGCAAUGCAAAGUCACCUUGCUGGACAACACUCAGUUUGAGUGUGAGCUCGACAAACAUGCUAAAGUCCAGGAACUUCUCACCAAGGUGUGUGACCACGUCAACCUGCUGGAGAGAGAUUACUUCGGCCUCUCUACCUGGGCAACCCCGACCAGCAAGACAUGGUUGGAAUCGACCAAAGAGAUCAGGAAGCAGGUUCCGGGUGCUGUGUACGAGUUCACGUUCAGCGUGAAGUUCUACCCUCCUGAUCCAGCACAUCUUACCGAAGACCUCACCAGGUACUUCCUGUGCCUGCAGCUGAGGAAGGACAUUUUGCAAGGUGUUCUUCCCUGUUCCUUCGUCACGCUGUCCAUGCUGGGCUCCUACACAGCCCAGUCCGAGCUCGGAGAGUAUGACCCCGAGCUCCACGGGGUAGAUUACGUGAAGGAUCUGAGCCUGGCCCCGGGUCAGGGCAAGGAGCUGGAGGAGAAGGUGAUGGAGCUACACCGCACGUACAGGUCAAUGAAUCCAGCCCAGGCAGACAUGAUGUUUCUGGAAAAUGCCAAGAAGCUUGCCAUGUAUGGAGUUGACCUGCACCAAGCCAAGGAUCUGGAGGGUGUGGACAUUACACUGGGGGUGUGCUCUAGUGGUCUGAUGGUGUACAAGGACAAGCUGAGGAUCAACCGCUUCCCUUGGCCAAAAGUGCUGAAGAUCUCCUACAAACGCAGCAGCUUCUUUAUCAAAAUAAGGCCAUCAGAGCUCGAGCAGUAUGAAAGCACAAUUGGCUUUAGACUGCCAAACUACAAGGCCUCGAAGAAGCUGUGGAAAGUUUGCGUUGAGCACCAUACCUUCUUCAGAGUUCCAACAGUGGAGCCCCCCUCAUCACGUCCCUUCCUCGUAUUGGGCUCUAAAUUCCGGUACAGCGGGCGUACGCAGGCCCAGACCCGCCAGGCCAGCUCCUUGAUCGACCGGCCAGCCCCUCGCUUCACGCGCUCUGCGAGCAAGCGACUGUCUCGUGACCUAGAUGGAGCUGGAGAUGAAAGUCUCCAGUUCCUGCGACAACUCUCGGCAUCGACUAGGUCCGAGCUUGACGAUUGGUCGCUGAUGCUGUCAUCUGACAAACCCCGGGCUUCUCCUGAGUUCCCAGCCAGAGGGGAGUCUCAGUCCUGGGAGGAAGGGCACUGUUUUCACACAGUCACGGUGACCUUGGAGGACAAUGAGACUGGGCAGACUGGCUCUCACACCGUCACCCAAACAGCCAGUCAGCCAUGGCAGGAGCUGGCAUCUGAUGAGCGGCAGCAGCGGAGACGGGGGGACCAGUGGUCUGCUCUGCUCCAUCGUCAUCCUCCUUUUCCCUUUGUCCCACCCUUUGAGUGUGUGAAACAGCCAGCUAAGCUCAGCUUGGCAAAAAUGAGCUCCCUGGACCGGCUCUUGCGACCAGCUCUGAGACGGCAAGAUAGCUGGUUCCUUUACUUUGACCGAAGCUUCAGCAUGUCCUCGCUUGGGCAUGUUGACAAACCAUUGCCCCCCCUAGCUCAGCUCCAGCAGGAGGAUGACCGGGCCAUGCAUGUGGCAGAACAGAAACUGACCAGUGAGGAGACCAUUGAGAGGCUGCAAGAAGCUCUGAUCUCAGACCAGCUGAGAGAGAUGGAGGUUUUGAACAGGAGGCUGAGAGAAGUUAGGGAUUUAGAGGGUUGCCUCCAGCGGAAGGCUGAGAUGGCAGCGCGACUUCAGGAAGUAAUAGAAGAGGAGUUGGGUAAGGAAGAGAUGGAUAAGUUAAGAGAGGGAGAAGGCGAUUUCGAGCAGGAGAAACAAAAACAAAUUGAAGGUAUAACAGAAACGGUCUCGUGGAAAUCUUUGGGGACAAAAGAGCAUAAAGUGGACGAAUUAGAAGAGCAGAUAAAGCAAGUGUUUUUAAAAGGCUUGUCUCCUGAAGAAGAAGUAGAAGAAGAAGAAGGGGCCGAGAUGGAGCAGGAGAGUGAAGAAGAGGUGACAAAUGAGAGUCUGUCCGAGGAGAGCUUUAGAGGGAAGCUACACCAGGUAGAAAAGGAAUGGCAAGACGAGGUGGAGGAGAAGUCUGGAUCUUCAGAUGUCAGCAGCAGCACUUCUGUCGUCGCAUACCGGAAGGUGGAGCGCCGGAGUAAGAGGAGAGUUACGAUUGUGGAUGAGAGAGGGUGGACGCAGGACGAAAGGAAAGAUGUGCAGGUACAGCAUGGUGCAACUCUAGAGGGGAGGGUAGAAAAAGAAGGGACAAGGUUUAAAAUGGAAAUACUGGAGACAAUAACUGAGGGAGAAGUUUCAGAGAGGUUUCAGGCUGAGGAUCAAUCUCAAGUGGCAGAUAAGGACCUCUGGUUCGUCCUGUUUGACCGCCCCCCACACAAAGCUGUUUUUAAACCACCAGUUACUGUGGAACGUGCUCAGCUGGAUGAAGGCGAUUAUUUCACCUCCCAGACAGAGAUCUCAACAUGUGAGGAGAAAACGGAGAUUGUAGUAGAAGAGAAAACAAUGAGAGGAGAAGAAGUGUGGCUCAUACCAGAGAUCCCACCAACACAGACCAUCAUGGACAGAGAUGAUGACUGGUUUGUGUUGCUGGAUGUUGUUCCCAGAGAAACAUCACGUGCACCACCAGUUGCGGUUGCAGAGCGUGCUGAAGUGUCCCCAGAAGAACUUCUCUCUCUAGUUAGAAUAGCAGCCGACGAGGAGGGCGAAAAAAGAGUGGAGAUUAUGGCAGCGGACACAGAAAUCCAACACGUGCCGAGCGAAAAGCGAGUUGUAGCACCGCCCCAGGCCGUGGGAGGGAGAGAAGAUGACUGGUUUGUGCUGCUGGAUGUUCCCACCAGAGAACCAUCAUAUGUGCCACCAGUAGUUACCAUGGCAGAGUAUGUUCAGGUUUGUCCUGAAGGAAGCAUAUCCACUGUGGCUGAAACAAUAACGAUAGAGUCCAGGACGGAGGUCAUAGUUGAAGAGGUUGUGGUGCAUAAAGACCACAAAGGAGAGCAGAAACUAUCCCAGCCAGUCGGAGAAAGAGGCGAUGACUGGUUUCUUCGACUGGAUGUUGUUCCCAGAGAAACUGCCGUUGUAACUCCAGUGUCUCUGGCAAUGCCGAGCCACAUUCAUCCAGUUAUUCCACCUCAGCAAAUGGAAGAGAUGAGCCUCGAGCGAAAGUUGCAGCAGGUUGAUCGUGAACAGAUUAGACUGCGGCCUUCUCCGCCAGAGAGAGAUGAUGACUGGUUUGUGCCGUUUGAUGCCACUCGUGUAAAGGCAGAAGUACGACCAUCAGUUACGCCUGUUGAGAUUAUUCCGGAUAUGAGGAAGAGGCUUGAGGUUGAGGUGACCACUGCGGAGACCAGAGCAUGGAAGAAGAUGAUAAUUGGUGUGGACAGCAGGCAAGAUGAGACACUUCUGUCUGAAAUCAGAACUUGCCAAAUUGCAUCACCGUCGGAGAGAGAUGGGGGAGAUGAUUGGCCUGCCCUGUUCGACAUCCUCCGUGAAAAGCCUGUCGUCGUACCGCCAGUUGCUGUGGUUGAGCAUGUUGUGGAUGUGGUGGCAGCCGCUGAACAAACAUUCAUCAAGGAAGACGUGAAGUUGUCUGAGGUUAAACCGUCCCAUCCGAGACAGGUGGACGGGGACUGGUUUGUGCUGCUAGAUGCUGCUGCAAAAGUCCCAGCGGCUGUGGACGACCGUAUCCGCACACAUCCCGAAGUAAGAACAGCGGAGUUUGCGGCCAGUGAGCAGCGAGCAACGCAGAGCAUCCCUCUCGCGGAGGAGAUGUGGCAGCGGGAGAAGGCGGUGCAGCAGGAACCGCAUCCAGCUGUGAGAGAGGUGGAAGCUGAUUGGUUUAUUUACUUGGAUGUGGCCACUAAGAAAUCAGUCGUCCCUGAGCGCAUCCACUUCCCAGCAGGAGUGAGCGUUCCAGCCGCUGGGUCCAAAACGAGGAUCGCUAUUUCGGAGCGGAGACCGCAGUUUGAGGACCGGAUCCUGGAGGAAAGACGUCCGCUCACACAAACGCAUGUCAAUGAUGAUUGGUUUGUUCUACUCGAUGUUGGCCUCAAAGAGUCAGCGGUGAGCACACAGAGGGGCACCCGUCCCGUCAGCGCUCCGGUCUUCUCCCAGGCGGCUCUCGCCGAGGCGGGGAUCCCGAUGGCCCCCUUCGAUCAGCUCCAGACCUCCACUCCAAUCAAGAGCAGCCGCAAGGAGGAACGAAAGCUUGAGGUCACCGUCGAAGCUGUCGAGCCCUCAAAGAUCGAGGCUGAGGUCAAGCCAGCAGUGUGGAGGGACCAGAGAGAAGUAGACUCUUCCCUGAUGCCCACCAUCAAUGGGGACAUUCAGCACAAGUCUGAGGUGACGAGCUCGGAGGUGGUGCGAAUGCGAAAGAAAAGAACUAAGAACAUUGAGGAUGACUCAAUUUAUAUCAGACAUAGCCUUUUAAUGUUGGAGGAGUUUGAUAAGCCUCAGGAGGACCUGCUCCGGCAUCAUGCCAGCAUCAGUGAGCUGAAAAGGAACUUCAUGGAAGCCGCUCCGGAGAACCGGCCCAGUGAGUGGGACAAGCGCCUGUCCACGCACUCGCCGUUCCGCACCCUGGGUGUCAAUGGUCAGCCUCUGCCCGGUGCCGAUGGGGUGGCAGAUGGGACAGACGAGGACAAAGAUGACACAACCGUGUCUCGCUCCAAGACCGUGACCUCCGAGACCACCAGUGGCACCACGGUGACCACCACGACCACUCGCAUCUCAAAGGUCGUGAAGAGCGGAUCCUCGGAGACCCGCGUGGAGAAGAGAAUCGUCAUAACUGCCGAACCUGACAUCGACCAAGAUCAGGAGAAAGACGGCGGAGCAUCAGCAUUGUAACCGAAUCACCAGCUGCAUUUAUUCCUUUGACUCCACCGCCGACACACAUUGACCAGCUCCAUCUACCCAGCACACAUCUCCAAAAAAGGAAAUAUCCACUAAUAUUAUGGAUAAUUCCGUAGAUAAAUCUUACUAGACCCUCUUUGUUUUGGGUUUUUUCAGUUGUAUGUAGAAGAGGUCUUCACAGCGCUCAAGUUGGAUCAAAUGCUUAUCUCACCCAGGUUUUAAAAAAGCUUAAUGUACACACUUUUUAUUGGUGGAAAAAAAAAACCAGCAUUUUCAGGUGAGGGAUUUCACUUAUGUUUGCUUUUAAAAUGCUUUUAUUUUCCUAGUGGUUUUUUAUAUUGUUAAUUUUAUAAAAAUGCUCUGUUUUUAUUGUAGUUUAGACACCAUCAUCAGCAUGUCAUCCCUUGGUGCUGCUAGGGGAACGUGAAGACUACAUUCAAGGGAAUUAGUUUGUUGUUGUUCUUUACUUGUCUAUUUCAUUCAGGAGAGACUCUUUUUUUUAAAUGACAUUAUAUACCUUGCAUCAAAAAGUGGACAAAGAUGGUAUGUGCUCAAAUGUGGACCGCUGUCUUGCUUAGUUCACUGCUCAGGUAGAAAAACAGAGAGCUAAACAUUCUCUUCCCCGAGCAGACAAGAACCGGCAGCCUACACAUUAUUGUAAAGUUUAAAUGAAAAAUUGAUCUAUUUUGAAAUAUUUUCUAUUUUAUAGAAUUAAUGCUUUUAUAGUAUUUGUACACAUUUGAGGUUUUUAAGUUAUUCAUCCAUCUGCUCAUUAAAUUGUAGGUUACCACUGUGCUGUUUACUGAAUGUUGAGGUGCUUGAGCCUCAGUCAUUCCUCCUCGUUUCCUCGUCGUCCACCAAGUUUAGCAACACUUACAGUUUCCACAUAUCACCGGAGCGCUUCCCUCAGUCCUGCUUUGUUCAGGAGCAUAAUGUCAUAAAGGCGUUGAAUACAUUUGGUUGAUCAGAAAAGAUUAGCAAGCUUUGGUCUGUUUAACUCAGGAUUUGAUAUUCUUUGUAAGACGACAGGCCUCCUUAUGAUUGGACGAGGAAUGUCCAUAUAUGUAUAUCAGUCCCGACUGCAAAUGUACAUUUAUGUUCAGCCAAGGGAGGUCAAUAAAUACGGAGCUCGUCUGCCACAGUACUUCAAGAGGGGAAGGCAGCUGUCCCAGUAUGCGUGGCGUUUCUCUCUUAGCAGCACAAGUUGUCUUUUUUUUUACACAGUAAUUUAUUUGUAAAGUAGGAACCGUCUUGUGUGAUGUGAUGUUUUGUGAUUGUUUCAACACACGCUGGUUUCCAGGCUCCCACUAGCGGUCACGAGGUGAAGUCUUGCAUUAACUAUCAACCAAGUUUGUAAAACCUUUUUACCACAGAGUCAAAGUAGAUCGCUCUCUCACUUGCUGUUUCUUGUGCUUUUUCAUAGAAGAGAAAAUGCUUAAAAUAUAUGGAUUCCUUUUAGGUAGCAUGUUUGUUAGCCAACUUUGUUUUUGUUUUACCCAAAAACAAGCCAUUGGUAUUGUAGCUACAUGGACAACAACAGAAACCUCGUCUGGAAGAAAAAUGUAGAAUUUCCCAAAAAGAAUAGUUUUUAGAAAAUGGAAAAUAUUGUUGCUUUGUGACUUAUCCCUGUCUUUUUAUGAAACAAUAAAAUAUGCAUUGUUCUGCA